AUGACGGGACAGUCCAAGCCGCAGCGUGGGCGCGGGAUGACCGUCCGCGUGAAGUCCCAACAGGAUCUCUCGCGGGAUUGGCAGCAGCUGCGUGCGAACCGUUGCAUCCAGAAGAUCGUGAAGGCGCUGCAGGCCAAACCGGACCAGGCGCAGGACGUUCUGGAUGCCAUCGAGAACGAUUUCUUCUCCCGCGCCGAUCUCACGGUGAAGGUGGAAGAUCGCGACUUCUGGCCGAGCAGCUACCAUGUCUUCAGUCAGAUUGGCAAAUACUGGCUUGUCGCAUGGCUGGUGCAGCACGGGGGAAAAGGCUUCACUGAAGAGCUCGCCUGGAAGAUCGAUGGGCAAGCACCCGAUGCUCUGAGGUGCUUGGUCGAGUUCGCCACUGGAGUCAAGGCUUCAGCGAAGCUCCCGCGCGCAUGCUUGGACAAGAGUGUGCUCGCCGCGACCUUGGCCGCCCUGCACGUCACGUUGGGCAAGAGGCUGCUGGCGCUCAUGGCCGCUGGGGCGAUCGACAAGGCCACGGGCCAGAUCAACUACGUCAAGUGCGGCGCCUACGUGUACGUGCUGGACGGCUCUGGCAAGGUGACGCACUUGCAGAACCGCGCAGGCGUGCAGGUGCCAGUGCCAGAUGACGCCACGAUUCGUCCCGAGUGGCCCAUUGACAACAAUUUCAGCGACCAGGAUGCUGGCAUCUUCAGGGGCAUGUUCGCCUGCACAUUUUCGACGCAGUUUGAUCCGUUCAAGCUGUCGGCCGAAGUGUUCGGGAACGAGGCUUUCAAGAAGCUUGCGGACCAGCACAAGGCGACCAAGGAACAGCAGGAGCUGGAACACGAGGCGGCGUCCCCCAAGGUCGAUGCAAAGGGCGCUGUCCAGAAAAAGCCAAAAAAGGCUGCACCCAAACCUCCUGCCAAGGCUUCUGUCCGGAAAAUCACCGUGAAGCGUCGGUGA